UAAUUUCAACUUGGUGGUGGUGUCAAAUGAAAAGUACAGUACACCAUUUAGAUAGGAAUUGAAGAUGGUUCAACGUUGAUACUUCCUGAUAGUCACUGCAUAAGAGUGGUCCUAGUCGAAAAUUGCGGUAGACUUGCUGCAGCUCCAAGAUCAGGAAUUGUCCAUAGCUGAGUGUCUGUGCUAUGUACACUAUUACCACUCAAGGACUUACUAAUUUACGGUUUCUGGAUUACAACUCUGAGACUUGCUGAUUUCCUGCAGAGAGCUGUUAAAUGAUUAUAUCCUUCACAACACUUUUGUUGAUCAUCGAUUAGGUUGCAGUUACACCAGCGAGGACUUUUAACAAAAGAGCAUAAUGGCAGUUGUUGAUGAAUACCCAAAUUAUCGUAUCCUACUUGAGGAUAAUCGUGAUACACUUGUAAGCACGAUUGAUGUUAUGCAGUUUUUCGCGGAGCUUCGCACUGCGAGUGUAUUCAAUGUGGAAGACGAGCAAAGCAUUACGCAAAAUGUAACGCUAUCAUCAGAUAGAGCAAAAGCAGGUGUUUUUUUGGACAAGCUGGCGACCAAAGGGCAAAUGGGAUUUAAAGUAUUUCUGGGAAUGCUUGAGACACGCUAUCCAGAACUCUACAAACAGUUGUCAGGCAAAGAAGCUGAUCCUAAGUUGAUAAAUGCAAAGGAAGAUAUCUCAACAAUGGACAGUUGUCAACAACAUAAAAUCAUAAUUAAAAACAUGGCUUCAGAGAUUGCAGAGAUGGCCAACCAUCUGGAGAAACUUAAAAAAAGCAAGGAACAUGCGCAACGAAAGGCCAACGAACUACAGCAUUUCAAUGACAUUCUGAAAACUAAACACAACAAGAAUAUGACCAAGUUACAGCACUUUGAAGCUCUUCAGCAAACUUUAAAAAGGCUCCAACAUGAAUUGAACGACUUAACGACACAACAGAGGAACAUCCUGGCAACCAGUCUUCAAUUACAGCAGGAGAAGGAGGCUAUACAAAGAAGAUUAAGAAGCGCUAAUGUGGAGAUCACCAACUUAAACAGGCAACUGGAACACGCCAAAGAACACAACAUACGCAGGUCCAUCAUCUUUGAUACUAAGAAACCAUCUCUUCCACGCGGCUCAUCUCUCGACUCAGCAAGGGCCAAAAUUUUAGAAGGGGAGAUUGACAAACUACGCAAUGAGUUAGCUGCAUACCGAGACGGCAAGGAUGUUGACGUAGAAGUAGCCAUUUUACGAGAUGAUCUGCGUGACAAGACAGCUGAAUGCGAACACCUAGCAGACGAGUGGCAACAAACGCAAAAAGAGCUGCACAACGCAGAAGAAGAACGAAUGCAGGCAUUAAAUGACCUAGAAGAUGCACGGUAUGCUUGCCAAAACUCUGAACAAGAAGCAAUAAGAUUCAAGCAGCUUUACGAACUAAACAUUAAACAUUCAGACAAAACAGAAGAAGAUCUGAAAAAGGCACGAGAAGAUCGUAAUUCACUUGAAACACACGUUGAUUCCCUCUUGCGAGAACAGCGCGAUCUCCUCUAUCGGCUGCAAGAUAUGCAGAACAAAAACAUGGUAAUCUCACAAGAAAGAAGUAUUUUGGAGAAAUUGAUGAAGAAGGAAACUCCACGGAGGAAAAGGGGAGGAUAUCCAGAUCUUGGUUAUGCUGGUGGCUCGCAGUCCGAGUCUUCAAAGGAUGGCUCCCGUCCAAAUUCCAUGGAAGAGGUCAACAAAGAUUUGGGCUCGGAACAGGCAACAAGCUCUACAGCGACAAGCACAGAAACUUCUGGUAGGCAGAAUGGAAGGCCUAAGUUGAAAUUGAACACUCCCCAUCAAGACUCUGUAGACAAUGGUGAGAAACAGUUUCGCCAGAGGGCUGAUGCCUUUGGCACUGGCUCCCCAAUAGCAAGGUACAAAGAACUGAGCAGUAUCUAUGCAACUUUGCAGAGAUCUCCAGAAAAUGGAGUUGAAAUGUCGGAUAAUCUGAAGCCAAGUUCAUCCUGCGGUAGUAUUGGAUCAAGUAACGAUCAGGAAGACAGUCUGGAAUCGGGAUCUAGUAGCGUGCCUAGUCGUCCUCUUUCCCGUCAAAGAAGAGUAAUGGAUACUGUUUCUUCGAUUGACGUACAGGCAGGCUCGAAGAGGAAUAGAUACACACUGACGUGCUUUGGAGGACCCUCUCUUGCGAUUGAUGAUGAUAAGAUUCAUCAGGAGGUUGAUGAAGAUGAUGACGAUGAAGACCCCUAUGAUUACCCAGAGUUGGUACUGAAGAGGCGUUCCAUGUCUCUAACAGACAUCCACGAAUUAUGCAACAACUAUAACUACGAUUUUGUUGAAGUGACUAAGCCAGAGAUAUUGGUUAAGAAAAAACAUGAAAACUACUAAAAUUUAUUAUUAUAAGUCUACACCAGUUUGUUCCUGAAUUCAGAAUUUGUUUAAGAGUGAAAAGUUAAAGCAAUGCUGUGUUUAUGUAAAUUUUCUAAAAUACACUAAUUGCAGGAUUUCUGAGCAUUGUAGAACGUUUUUGUUUGCUGCAUGUGUCCAUGUUGCUUUUCUUUUCUAUUAUCUUUGCUUGAAAUCUGUUAAAAACUGAAUUAUUUUGUCCAGUUUGUAGUAGUAGUAUUAUGUUUACCUUAUUUUAAAAAAAUGUUUUGUACUCUGAAUCUAUUGACAUUCAACUUAGGACUGUUAAUCUUGUAAGAUAUAUGUAUAGAUUAUAGUAUAAUAUAUAGGUAAUUGUUUGGGCUGGGCCCUUAGAACCUUCGGCAGCCAUGGUGCAGCAGUACCAACUGUGGCAGGCCAGUAGUACACCAGAAUUUAAGACAAUUCCAUAAUGUUAGAACAGUGCACCUGCAUUUAACAUUUAACUGGGCCAUGUUGCACAUGGAACCAGUGACUUAAGCGUUUCUAAAAUAUAUUGCACUUAAUUUGUAUACAAUUAUGUAAAUUUAAACCAGGGACAUUAAGAUAUCCAUGGUUCAGUGGGCACACUGGUUACAACCAGUUCUAACAAGCUUUGCAAUGCUGCUCUCAUUCAUAAAUAAAUGCAGCUAACUUUAUAAGAAAUUAUUAAUGAAUAUAUUGUAUUCUUGGAUUUCUAGUUGUAGAAAAUUCUGAGCUGAAUUCUUAAAGCUGUGUCACACUAUCAACUUUAUGUGACAAAUAAAUGUGAUAUACCCAUAUUUGGGUGUAAUAUGACAUCAUCAUACUCAUAUAUGAACACAAAUUUCUUACGUAAAAUUUGGUGGUGUGGACAGAGCCUUACUCUAUAAGCUUUUCACUAGGAAUUCUCUCUGUUCAUGGUUCAAUGCACACACUGGUUACAACCAGUUAUAACCAGCUCUGCAAUGCUGCUCUCAUUCAUAAAUAAAUGCAACUAACUUUAUUAAUAAGAAAAUAUUAAUGAAUAUAUGUAUUCUUUGAUUUCAAGAUGUAGAAAAUUCUAAACUGAAUCCUCUUUAAGUUCUGUCUAUCAAAUUCAUAGGACAAAUAAUUGUGAUAUAUGGGUGCAAUAUGACAUUAUCAUGCCCAUAUAUGGGCACAAAUUUGUCACAUAAUAUUUGAUAGUCGACAUAAGAUCCUUACUUUAUAAGCUAGUAGAGAUUCUCUCCUGUGUGUGAAUUUUUAUCUGUAGUUUUUGCCGGUGUUUUUUUGCUUGCUUGGCAAAUAUUUAUAUUUUAUACAAAACAAGAGGUGGUUCUGAACCAGAUAUGUACAUUAUUGUAGAGUUGGUUUUCCAUUUGUAUACUGUGAAAAUCUGAAUGUUUUAAGACUUUAGCAUUCCAAGAUAGAGAGUGUCUGAGAUAGAGAGAAAUGAGAUCAGUUAGAUACUUGACCAUUGUGGUGCCACCAUUGAUAUGUCUUCACCCUGUGGUCUUCACCAUGUGGUGGAUUAUCCACCCUGUAGUGGAUCUUCUCCCUGUAGCAUGUUCUACAAUGUAAAAUUAUUUAAAAAUUAGUGUUAACUAGGUGAGAAGAAUAUAUGCACAUUAAUGUGUGUGUUUUCACCUCCAAAAUGGCGUCGUACUUGCACAAGAAUGUUAAGGAAAAACUUGAGGAUGGAGGAAAGGGCUUGAAGAAUGUUGUCAUAGUGAUUUACCUAUUCAAACAGUACACAUUAUUAGUUUCAAAAUUAAGUGAAGGAAAUCUUGUGAACCCAAACCAGCAAAUAUUUGGAUACCUAUAACAUAUUCAAAUGCUCACUAUAGUAAUUAAUAUUAGAGCACCAUAGCUGUGUAAUUUACAGUAAUUUUUGAUAAUUGAAUGCAUUUGAAUUUGCACUCUAAUAAUUUAUAAUGGUCCACAAAUGGCUAAUGACAAAGACUCAAGAAAUCUAGCUAUAUCUAAACUAAAAAUUUUAUUACAAAUAAAUUAGUUUUGCCCUUAUUAGGGUAUGAAAUGUCAUCAGCAUGACCAUAUAUGGGCGUGAUAUACAUCAACAUGCCCAUAUAUGGGCGAUUCACACAAAAUGGCAACAUAAAACUUGGUAUGUUGGAUCAUGUACUAAUUAUUAAAUUUUAAACACAUUUCCCAUUUAAUUGGCAAAAAGAUAUUGUCAGUGUAAUUAUGGAGGGAUAGCGUCUACAAUUCAUACUGCCGUUUAUGUGAUUAAUUAAUAACUGUCAUAAUAUAUGCCAUUUCGUUAAAAAAAAACAUUUUGACACUAGCCACUGCACUUUGCCAUAAAAUGGAAGUAAUAUUUUGUGUAUAAACAAUGUUACCAACAUAUUUUUUUUACAUAAUUAAUGAUAUAAGAUGUUUUUUUAUUUUAGCUCUAAUAAAUGUGAAUUAUUGUUUGAAGGUGGUUUAAUAGAUUUAUACUUAAAAUAUUGUAUUAUAUUUUUGUAAGUUUUAAAUGUAGUAAUAUAUAUAAAUCAAUUUUAAGGUGUUCAUCGUAAUGUAUUACUGAUACUCUUGGUAAGGUUUAUUAAUUUUCCUAGGUUUUAAGUACUAUACUGUAUUAGUUUCAGCCUAUACAGUACAUUGUUUAUUGGGUCUGGGAUAAACAUUAGUUAUAUAGCAUAGCUCCAUGGUUGUAGGCAUGCCUUAUGCCCUGUCCAGAUUUAUAACUAUUAUUUGACAAAUACAUGUGACAUGCCUAAAUAUGGUCAUGAUGACAUCACAUCAUGACCAUAUAUAGGCACAUGAUGACUAUAUAUGGGCAUACAACAGUUUUUUGUUAAAUGUAAUUUGAUAGUCUGCACUGAGCCUUAGAUAAUUAUCAACCACAAAUCUAUGUUAUCUCAGCACCUGCUCAUUUUAUCACUGCAUUAUCACUUGUUAUCACUACACCAGUGAUAACAAGUGAUAUGUAGUGAUGUUAUCACUGCAUUAUCACUUGCAUUAUCACUACAUAUGUGGCAUUGAUUAUGGUUGUGAUUAAGCUUUGUCUACGCUAUCAAAUUUUAUGUGACAAAAAAUGUGAUGUGCCCAUAUAUGGGUACGAUGACGUCAUAUCUUAUAUUAUCAAAUUGUAUCAAAAAAAUGUUGAACGUGUUCAACUCUAUGUUCCAUCACAUUUUAUGUGACCCUUUUUUUUUGGAUGAAAUUUGAUAGUGUAGACAAAGCUUUACAUUUGUUAUGGGUAUGACCUCACUUCCUGAGUCCCACGUUGGAAGAAAUGUCUUCCGGGACAUUUGGUUAGAAUAAGCUUUCUUGGCAUAAUUUUAUUUUGCUGUGAUGAUGGUUACCCAUCAGCACUGAUUCCGCGAGACAAUUGAUAUUAAAGUAGUAAGAAUAUGCAAAUAUCAUGAAUUUGCGGGAGAUGGGUUAUUUUCCUUGAGAUUCUUGCUUGCCUGGGGGAAUGCGGGAGGCUGUCCAAUUUCCGGGAGACUUCCGCAACGUCCGGGAGACUGAGACUCCUGUCACUUUACUUUUAUAUCACAUUUCUAAUUUUAUAAAUAAUUGUUUAAAUAGCAAAAUAUAGUUUUAGUUAAUUUCAUAUUUUUUUUCCAAACAAAUAUACAAUUAUUGUCUAUCUCUAUCUAUCAUUUUAGACAAAUCAAACAGAAAAGUAGCUUUGAAAAUAAAGUUAUAAAAUAUAUCAUGCUAGGAGAAUUAUCAGAGCCACUAACCUGCCUAAAUUUAGCAGAAUACAAAUAUGAUAUAGAAUAUCUUGUUUAACAUUAUUUUAUGUUAAUAUAUUUUUUGAAUGGACAAAUACUUGAAGAAAAUAUAGUAUCAUGUAACAA